AUGGCUGAGAAGCAGAUCGGCAGAUCGGAAUUUGAAGGGUGUCUCACUGUGUCCAGUGGACAGCUUUGCAUUGGCAUGCAAUCCCGAAAUCUGGACGAUGCAGGUGUGGAAAAGUGGUGCUCUUGGAUGGAUGAUUGCUUGGAGGAUUUCGUCCGCAACAAGCGCUUGCGGCGUGAAACCGACGGCUUUCUCCUUUGUCGGGAGGCCAACUUCUCAGCCAACAUGAUUGGUGAUUUGGGUGGCCGUGCGCUCCUCCGAGUCCUUUUCACGCACAAGAUUGCAGUGCGAAUUGUCAAGCUCUUCAAAAACCAUUUGGGCCGAGCAUUUGCCAGUUCGAUGAUGGAUUGGCUGACAAUUACACCGGUUCCAGCCGUUGAGUUGCACCUCUCCCACAACUAUAUUCCUAGAGAGGGAGCCGUGGAUAUUCUCAAAGCAGUUGGCCACAACAAGGUGUAUCCGGCGAAGAACUUGAAUGGGACUCAGCAGCCUUUGUGGCUGCGAUUGGAGCAGAACAUAGUAGAGAAGCCCGACGAAUUGCUCAGGGUCGCUGAAGAACAGCUCCGUGCUCCGGGUGCAUCGCCAGGUGCUGCGCCCUUGAGUUUGGACAAUGUGCCAAGAGCUGUGGCGGCAGACCAGCCAUGCCCUUUGGCGCAAGUGGCCUACCUCACCAACCAGCGCGACCACCGCAGAGGAGUGCCACCCGAGGCUCAGCGGUGGAGAGCUCAAGCCGGGCCCAAAGAAGCCUUCAGGUGGCGCAUCUCAAUAAGUCCAGAGCAAGCGGAGCAAGCAGAGCAAGCAGCCAAGGCGCCCACGGUGUCCUUGGUUCGGGCCAAGACGGGUCCGACCCCGGAGCCGCGGGAUCGAGCCGAUUCGGAGGUAGUGCUUUUUCCAUCCGAGCGGGAGGAGGCCAGGGAGGGGCCGAGCAGCGUUUGGAAUGGCCUUCCGGCCUCCGAGCAGCUGGCCAAGAAGAAAGCGCCCCCCAUGGCACCGCCUGAUGCGUUAGAGGAUGAAAGCGAUGAAAACAGCGAUGAAGCUCCAGGGCCAGUCAGUCAUGUCAGACGGGCAGUUCGGCGCCUCCGAUGGAAGCCAUCGGGUACCCGAACCAGGCCUCCGCACCCUCAGCUCCCAUGGUGA